UUCAUUCACGCACACUGAUGCGUUAAUCGUAGUAGUUGAACGUGUUCGGCUAAACUUUUUAUUUUUUUCGUCUUGUGUUACGCCAAGCUCUAACCUUAUACCACUUGAUUUUCUACCCAGUUGCCCACCGCUUAGCUACAACUUGAAACUGAACAUUUUAUCAGACACUGUAGGUAUAUUUGUUGCAAAGUGUGAAGUGAAAUCUCUGUCAUCUAAAGUCCAGAUGCUGCACCGAAUGACAAUAACCUCGGUUAGUGUCAACAAAUCAUAAUAAACAGUGAUCAGACGAGUUUGCUAGUGGUUUUGUAUACAAAAAGUUAUGUGAUGAAUAAAACAAAGCCCUAAACUGGAUGUCUAGAAGGAUAAUGGGCUUCGUGCGAUCUCAGAACUUGAAUUUUGUUGCGACUUCACCCACAUAACAUUUAUGUUGUAAACAUGCUGUGGCACAUAUACAGAGUCGCUGCCCUGGUUUUGCUCAGUGCUCUCAGCAAAGGAGAAUUACCGGAAGAUGACUUCAGGAUAAUACACAGACAAGAUCUGUUGGAGACAAACACCGACGUUUUCGAGGAUAACACCAGCAUAUCAUUCUCGCAACUGUCUUUCGACGUUGCGCGGGACCAAGUCAUUGUGGGCGCGAGGGAUGCCCUCUACCGGCUGUCCCUUCGCAGCCUCAGGCCCCUGGAGCGCGCUGAAUGGCCGGCGGACCCUAACAAAGUGGAGCUGUGCCUGGAGAAAGGACAGACUGAAGAGGACUGCCACAACUACAUCAAAGUGUUGCUGCCGUACGAACAUAGGCUGUUUGUUUGCGGCACCAACGCCUACAGUCCGGAAUGUAGUUGGAGAGAAAUCGAGUCAAUCAGCAACGCUUCGCAAUGGUCGACGGGUGUAGCGAGUUGUCCAUACAACCCCCGCUCCAACGUGACGGCCAUAUUGGCCAGUGGGGGGGAGUAUUACGCGGGUACACCGACUGACUUCAGCAGCACUGACACAGCUAUUUGCAGGAGUCGCGGUUCAGGCCCACGUAAUGUGACUACUCUGCGUACAACGCAGUACGACCAGAAUUCCCUGAACGAGCCGCAGUUUGUGGGCAGCUUCGAAGACGACAACUACGUGUAUUUUGUGUUUAGAGAAAUCGCUGUGGAGUUUAUGAACUGUGGCAAGAUAAUCUACUCCCGCAUCGCCAGAGUCUGCAAGAACGACUCAGGCGGCCAUUUUCUACGCAAAAACAAUUGGAGUACGUUCCUGAAGGCGCGACUAAAGUGCGCGGUACACGGAGAUGUGCCGUUUCAUUACGACGAAGUGCAGAGUGUGGAGUUCUUAUCACAGGAGAAUAUUUUAGUGGCUACUUUCACCACGCCUGUUAACAGCAUAGCCGGCAGUGCAGUAUGCGUGUACAGUCUCGCGGACAUCCACGAAGCUUUUGAGGGCGUGUUUAAGGUGCAAGACUCUCCUACGUCCAGUUGGGAGCCGCGAUCGCCUGACGCCGAAACUAGAGACCAUUUUAAAUGCGUGCCCGAUACUAGGCCGUUGCAAUCCAUCAAAUACCUCGACUACCAACUAAUGAACAACCCCAUCUUACCCAUAUCCGGGGAGCCGGUCUACAAGAUAAACUCCGAACGCCUUACGCACGUGACCGUUGACGUCACUAGUAGCAAAGACGUGCCUCAGCAGUUCGUGCUGUACGUGGCGACGCAAACUGGUGACGUCAUGAAGUUGGCUGUACUGCCAAGGUUCGAUGGAGCAUGUCUGGUAGAAGUGUGGAGGUUGGGAGUCAAUGUGCUGGCGAUGCAGUUUGUUAAAGAGACGAUGUCAGUAUACAUCGGCGGCGACAAAGGCGUGAUGCGCAUCGGCAGCUCCCGCUGCGCCCGCUACCGGAGCCGCGGCGGCUGCGUGGGCGCGGCCGACCCGCACUGCGGCUGGGACGACGCGCGGGAGCGCUGCGCGCGCGCCGCGCUGCACCGCCACGAGCCGGGCUUCGCGCAGGCCACGGCUGCUUGCGCUUCUGCUGCUGCCGUAGUGGAUGGCGGUUGGUCAUCGUGGUCUUCUUGGGAGAAAUGCGUGCAAGACGGUACUUCUCGCACUGUGUAUGGAGAUGACAAACCUGAAGACAUGUGUAUGUGUCGCACCAGGCGAUGCAACAACCCCGCUCCGGCUAAUGGAGGGGAGCCUUGCAAAGGUGUGAGCAUAUCCGUGACGAACUGCACGGUGCACGGCGGUUGGUCGGCGUGGGGCGGCUGGUCGGAAUGCUCGGCCACGUGUGGAAUCGCCCUAAAGUCCAGAAGGCGGACGUGUACUUCUCCAGCGCCGAAGUUCGACGGACGAGUGUGCGUCGGCCCUGACGUCGAUCAUAUGUACUGCUCUAAUCUGCCGCCUUGUCCAGAUCCGGCCCGCAUGCCAGUAGACGGCGGUUGGACGGACUGGUCCGCGUGGUCGGAGUGCCAACCAGCCAUUACUGGCACCGACUGCGGCGUCGGAUUCCGGGAACGAAGGCGCAGUUGUUCCCAACCCGCCCCCAAACAUGGCGGACAGCCCUGUGACGGGAAUAAUAGGGAGAGACAGCAUUGUGAACUGCAGCCUUGCAGCCAUCACAGGAAGACUACAGCGUGGUCACCCUGGGUUCAGAUACCUGGUAACUCAUCCGAAGGCGAUUAUUCGGAGAAGCGCUUCAAGUUCCUAUGCAAGGCUUCGUCUUCAGAGCAGUUAGAGCUAUCAAUAGCCCGGGAGGAGGUCCGCUACUGCAACGGCGCGGGGUCGUGCACGGCCAGCCCGGCGGCGGACGGCUGGGACGCUUGGUCGGCGUGGGGCGCGUGCAGCGCGGCGUGCGGCGGCGGCACGCAGCGGCGGCGGCGGCGCUGUCUGCGCGCGCCCUGCGCCGGCGCACCCGACAUGCUGCGCGCCUGCAACGUGCACGCCUGCGCCAAUUCCCAGUGGUCCUGCUGGAGCGAAUGGAGCGAGUGCAGCGGCGGCUGUGUGUCCGGGAAAGUGAUGGGUUACCGCAACCGCUCGCGCGCCUGUCUCUCGCCCGACGGAUGUGAAGACGCUGCCGCCGCGUUGGAGAGGAAGCCGUGUGUCAGCCAUUGUGAAUCAUCGGAGAGCGGCUGGGGCGAGUGGGGAGAGUGGUCCCCGUGCGCCAGCGGCGAGCGCGCGCGGCGCCGCUCGUGCGCCGGCGGCGCGUGCGUCGGCGCGCAGAUGCAGGUGGCCAGGUGCGACGGGAAUGACCUCGACAAUGAUCUGUACGCGAUGCCGGCGUACAGCCAAAACGUAGAGAUGGCAUCAUUCGUUACCAUGGCGAAUGAUGACAAACUCGGCGUGCCUAGCAUAGUCGGGUUCGUCGUGGGUUCAUUUGUUGCCGGAUGUCUAGUCUGCCUAGCGGUAGUCAUAUUCUUCCAACGGCGCGGCACAUACUUGCCUUGUCGUCGGCAAAACAGAGUGCCUUCCAGUCCUCACUACAUCACGGCCAAACCUAAUAGCUACGUUUCUGUUCCGCUGAAGGAAGUGCCCCGAAAAGCGAAACGCCAGCCGUCAUUCACAGGCAUCGGCGGCUCCAGCGGCAUCCUCCUAUCCAAAAGUAACAACCUAUCAAACCCGAACAAUCAUAAUAACGGCUUGACUACCCCAAAACUGUAUCCCAAAGCCAUAGCCAAUGAAUACGAUUCCAUGGGAACUUUGAAAAGACAUUCUAACCAACCUAAUAAUAGGAGUAAUCUGGAUUUGGAGGAAGAUAAGUUUUAUUGAUAGAUAGAGGGUAGGUGAGUGGUCUGACUAUGGAUCCCGAAGAAACAGCCAAUUAGAACCACUCUUUGGGGGAACCCUUAAGCCAUUCCAAUCGAUCUAACUACAGAAGUAAUCUGUAUUUUGAAGGAGAGUAAGUUUCAUUGAUACAGUGGGUUUGACUAUUCGAGAAAAAUACGAUCCUAGGGGAACCCUCGCAUGACACUUCAACCAACGUUACAACAGGAGAUGGAGAAUUUGGGGAACAUAAGUUUGAUUGGUGGAAAAGUCAUAAAAUGGAAUGUACCCAGAUGAAAACCACUGCGGCCGCGUACCAAUGACUCUUGAGUCACGUACAUUUCACUGAACGAUCCUCUUACUGCACAAUGUGAAACUGUAUUACAUGCUGGGUCAGAGGAAUUACAAUGCAUAUGUCCUUCUCUCUCUAGAUCUACGAUUGACUACGGACAGAGAGAGAAGGAAAAUGACAUAUGCCUUCCUUUUCAACGUUAGUGAGUACCGUGGGUCAUAAAGGAGAGAUGACAGUAAUUUCGUGUAAUUACCUGACUUGCCCACUUCUGUGUAGUGCGUAAAGAGAGGUAACACACGGACUUAUUUUUAUAAAUAGUCUAUAAGAAUGUGAUGAGUUCAAUAUUUUUGAUUCUUAUUCAUGGAAAUUGUAUGCAAAUUCAUGCAGUUGGUGUAAAAUAAGAAGUUUAUAACAUUUAUCUUUUUAAUCGUUCAAUAAUUUCAGUUUGUUUUAUAGUUCAUGUAAUUACAUGACAUUAUAAUUAUGUUACAAUGUUGUGUUAUGAAUUUAAAAUUGGCAAUACAAUUUUAAUAGUAAAAAAAUCAAAUGUCUGUAGUGCCUUGUAUUUUUUUAGUGAUAAACGUUGAAGGUUUAAAAUUAUCAUUUUCUGAGUGAGCCGAUAAAAUGAUGUGGAGAAAGUACUUACGAAAAUUGUGAUUGUGUAUUUAAAUAAGUAGUUAAAAGUCCAGUGCCAUUCUAAAAUGUAGAAUAAUGAUUUAUAAGAUAGUAAAAAAAACGAUAUUUUUAUAUUAAAAUAUAUAAAUAAAUAAAUGAAUUAACUAAAAGCCAAGAAUGUGCCAUGUAAAUUGAAGAUAAGAUAAUGUAAAUAGCUAUUUUAUAUUAACACAUAUAUAUAUAGAAAUCAAAAAUUCCAUAUGGCAGUUUUUAUAGCAGUACAAAAUAGGUGCCUUCGUGUGAAUAUUUACAAUAUAGCUAUAUUUACUAUAGAUUCGACUAUAUUUUGUUGAAAAUAAUUCAACAUUUACGUGACUCAUGUUGAGUCGAAAUUGUUAUUUAUGUAGGAAUGUUAUGCAUAGAUCUCAUAGUUGCUAGACAAGACAAUACAGAGGAUGGGAAUGAACAUAAUUUUUAUGACUAUAGAUUUCAUUUAGCAUGGUUAUGUGAUGUUUAGUAGAGUAUACAUACAUACAUAUGAUCACGUCUUUAUCCCUUACGGGGUAGACAGAGCCCAUAGUCUUGAAAAGACUGAUAGGCCACGUUCAUCUGUCUGGCUUAAUGAUAGAAUUGAACAAUUAAAAAUUAACCUGGUUGGUAAGAAUUUUAGGUACAAAAGUAGAAGAAAAUGGCUGAUUAAAUGUUAAACUUUAGCAUUGGAAAAAAAUCAUUCAUAUCAUAUAUCUAGCAACUAUGAUGUCCAUGUCAUAACCAGGUUUUAUAUUUUUAUACGUGCAAAAUGGGGUAAUGUAUGGAAAUGGAUAAUAAUUUGAAUUUAUUAAGUGAAAUGUAUGAGUUUAUUAGAAUAUUUAAUAUAUCAUUCCUUCAAACUUUAACGUUCCAAUUUAAGUUAUUCCUAUAACUUCUUUGUGCAUAUAUGUAUAUAUGAGCUUUCUUCAGGUUUGUUACACCGGAUUAAAGUAAAAGAAAGCCACUUAAGAAAACUGCAAAUUGAGACCAGUUGGUAUUUUAAGUUAAUUUAAUGGGGCAUUUUUGUAAGCAAUUUUAUGGGGCAUUUUUAUUAUAUUUACUACAGGAAGAGAUCUCAAGAAUUGAGUUAAUUUUCUUAAGACAAAUUUUAUAGCUCCUAUAGUUGAAAUUAAAUUUCUUAAAUUUCUCUUAAAUUUAACUAAAAUGGAAAAGAGUAGGUACAAAUUUCUUAAUAUUUUAAUUUUGCUCCUUGCUUUCCCCUUCGUAUUAAAUUGAGGCUUUUUUAUACUCACCGAUAGCAUUUAUGUUGCUUCUUUUUAGAUUUGUUUUUGUUAACUCUAAGAAAAACGGAGGUGUGUGAAAAAUCACUGUAAAGGUGUAAUUACUUCUACCUUAAAUGAUUUGACGACGAGAAAUGUCACGGAGAAAUUGCAAUUUUACUUUUUUUAACGGAAUAAUUGGCAAUACAUUUUUACCAAUAUUUACUUAAUUGGUAAAUUUAAUUUAUUGUUUAUAUUAACAUAUAGGUAUUUAACGUCUUGAAUUAUUCUUAGAUUAUAAUAUAAUAUUUACACUUUAUUGACAUCAUUUCUUAGCGACAUUUUUCAUCAGUUAAAAUCUUAGCUAAUAUAUUUAUGUGGUAUGCGCAGAAAUGUAGUUGCAUCGCAUAAAAUGAAUUUGUGAUUAGCCUGUUGCGAAAAAACCUUAAUUAAACUGUUAAUAAUUAAUUUUGUUAUCCUAUACGAGUGAAUCUAAAUGCUGUAUGUUAUGAAUUAAUCGCUAAAUGUGAAUAAAGACUGUGUCUA